GCAAAAAUCCGUAGCUGUAGAAAGACGUAAAAAGCAUUAAAAACCCUAGCCGCUCUCCCAGGCACAGACAUCGAGGCAACCAGUCAAAUGCUCUCUUCCGGCGCCGGCGAAGGCUAUUCUCGCUGGCGCAGGGACUCCAAGACGAAUCCGUUCAUCUUCUUCGUAGAUCUGUUAUGUUCUUACUUGUUACUUUGCUUGUUUCCAUGCUUUCUGUUGUUGAAGAUUGACAACGAGAAGCCUUGUUCAGUGCAACGGAGGAAGUCAAGACGUCUCCUCGAAUCACCCCUUGCAGUGGCUCUAUCCUUCUGGGUGGUGUUUUUAUCUUCAGUGGCGAGCCCGUCAUUCAACUUUGGAGCCGGAUCUGUGCUCUCAAGGGAGUCUCCCCAUUCUCCAUUCGUGUUUGUCAUCACCUCCCACCGCCACAAUUCACUAGGGCUUGCUAGCUGCCCCGCCGAACUCUCUGUAACCAAUUACUCAUCUGACAAUGCAAGGUCUUGUCCACGGCGUUUUGGUUUCCAUUUUGCCCCGCCGGACGCUCUGAAUCUCACAGUUCAGAAAGCCCAUAAUUUGGCUGUCAAAAGCAGAACCACCAGAUCAAGUCGUCUCGAGUAUGGGCUCGCCAGAUCUAAGGGUUUAUGUGUACCUGAAGCGUCUCCUCCCCUCUGUCCCGUCUCUUCACCAUCUCAACUCUGUGAACCACUGGUCAUAUAUUUUCUCAACCCCGACAGAUCCUCUGAUAUGAGUUUUCAAUAUGUUGCAAUGGGAUUGCAGUUUAGCUCAGGUCCCGACGAGAGCCAUGGAUCCCGAUACGGUAAUAUCGGAAUUCACUUUCUCAGCCGGACCUCAGUUCACAUUCUCUCAUCAUUGAUAGUCAAUAGUAUCACCUCUCCGCCGCCUCGCCCCGUCACUCCAAUCCUUUCCGAGAGCCGUUGGUACUCAACUGACACAUGCUUUGGUUUGAACCAAAACCAUUUAUGGAGUUUAAACUUGCCAAUUGUUUUAAACUUGAGCCAUCAUUCCUCCUCCAAAGCAUCAUGUCUGUCCACGGUCCGCCAUCGCGCCUUAGUGCAAAGGGUUCACCUAGCCCAAAGCUGUGAUGUUGUGCUGAAAUUGCCAUUAUUUGUACAUCCAUCACAGAUUCACCUAGUUUCUUCGGAGAACUUCGAAGAUGUCGGAGCUAGAGCUGUUCAUGCUCGUUCCACCACCUUCCAAACUUUGCUGUUUGGUUUAAUCAACGUCGAUUACGACCAUUUCAGGCUCGUGGUAGUAACCUAUUCAGGGACACAGCUGAUGCUUCCCAUGGUUCUCCAAUUGUCGAGCAAGACUCUCUUGUUAGCUUUGUUGUUCCUUGUUCUAGUGUUUUGUUUUUAUGAUGUUCAUCAAACCGUCGAGGAUCCCUCCGGUUCUAUCUUGUUUCUGUUGAACCUAGCUUCGAAUGUAAUCGCUUAAACUC